AUUGUGGUGACUCCAAAUUCCAAAACCCUAAUUCUCAGCAGUAAGUGCUGGUUGGCAAUGGCACCACUGUAAUUGUAAGGCAAGCUUAAGUUUUUCAUGUUUCACUAUAAAAUGUGCAAGUUUUAUGGUUUAUACUCUCUUUGCUGUAUAUGUUUUUGAUAGGAGAAUUCUGAUUGUAGCUUAGAACUUAGAAGUAAAUUUUGCAGGAGUAGAAAUGAGACUAGGAUUUUGCAAAACCCUCAUCUCAUUCUCUCUACAAAACCCUUCACAUCUCCACAAAAUCCCAAUCCCCUACUCAAUCUCUCUCUUAUUUUUCUCCUCCAAAGCCAAAGAAUCAAAGCCCACUGUAACAGUAUUGGAUUACCUGAUCAAUAAGCACCAGUUUUCCCAUGAAGUAGCUCUUAAAGCCUCAUCAGUGAUAAGUUGCCUGAAAAGACCUAUAGAAGUGGAUUCCAUGCUUUCAUUCCUCAAGGAGAGCGGUUUCUCCAAAACCCACAUCGAGGAAGUGGUUAAGAGAGUCCCUGAAGUUCUUACUGCCAAUCUUGCCAGUAACAUUAAACCCAAAAUCCAGAUUUUCCAAAACUUGGGCUUUUCGCCCGAUGACAUUGCGGAGAUUGUAUCUUCUGACCCGUGGAUUCUCAAACGGAGUGCAGAUAAUCGGCUUGGACCCUCAAUUUUGAUGUUGAAGACUAUUCUGGGUUCAAAUGCUGAGGUCAUUAGGGCCUUGAAGGUUUCUGGGUGGUUUUUGAAGCAUGAUUUGGAGAAAACUAUGAAGCCCAAUGUAGAAUUUAUGAAGGGUUGUGGAGUUAGUUCGUCUCAGAUUGUUAAAUAUAUGUUUAAUUUUCCAAGGUUUUUUUUGCAUAAGCCGGAGAGCAUUCAGGAUUUCGUUAAAACGGUUGAAGAAAUGGGUUUUGAUAGGAAGUCUAAGAUGUUUCUUGCUGCUCUUCGGACAGUGAGUUCGAUGACACAUGAGAAUUGGGAGCUGAAGUUGAAGCUUUUUCGAAGUCUGGGGUUUUCAGAAAAUGAUAUUCUGGAUGUGUUUAGGAGGGUGCCUCAGGUUUUUUCUAUAUCUGAGAGAAAAAUCAAGGAGGUAACUGAGCUGCUGCUUAGUGCUUGGAACAUAGACAUCUCUUAUAUAGUUCGCCAUCCAGAAUUGCUUAUUUGCAGCAUUGAGCACAGGUUAAAACCCCGCCUACGAGUUUUGGAGAUUCUAGAAAAGGAAAAUGCACUUAAGAAGAAACCUGGUUUGACUACAGUCUGCAAAAUAACUGAUAAGAAGUUCUUAGAAAAAUUUGUACUUCCUUAUUCAAAAGAAAUCGUGGAGCUAAAUGUGGCUAGUUGGGCUUCUUAGAAAGUUAGAUAUUUACAAUUUGUUGGAAAUUCUUGAGCAUUUGAAGGACGGUGUCGUACAGAUCAGUUUGUGAUAAUAUCUUAGCCAUGGAAGAUUCAUCAAUUAAUGCUUGUAAGUGGAAUGCCUUAAGAGUUCAGUUUUGGAAGAGCCAUAAUCAAAAUGGAAAUUACAAUUGUCAUUUAGGGUAAAUUUUCUUGUAACCAUUUCUCACCUCUGUUUUUAAAGUAUUUUUAUAUUGAUCUGGAAAAAAAAAUUAGAUAACUUUCACAUUACUGUUUUUGUCAAUUGAAUUAUAAUUUAUAAUUGCGUGUUUAAUUUUCUAAAACUUCUUCAAUAUAAGUCAUAUAUUCAAAGAAUGCUAUAAAUAAUAACUGUGUUAAGGAAGCAUGUUUGCCACUCAAAAUUAUAGGUACGGUGUAUUUUGGGCAUCAAUUAUGCAACAUAGUCAUUUUCAUCCGCUAUAUGUUUGGCACUUUAAAGAAGGGUACCUAUAUAGUUGGUGGCUUCAGUUUUUAGAUUUUUGCAGUUGUCUUUAUGAUUUAUAUAAAAAAAAUUCUCCAAUGAAAUAAAUUAUUAUAAAGCAUGCAUAAUUUUCUGUGUUCGUAGUUUUGUAUGAUGUCAUAACUGUCAGAAUACAAGCGGUUUCAUUGAUUAUAGAAUUGUGGCGCUGUUUCCUUUUUCCUGGACGCAGAAAAAUAUUGUUAAAGCUUACUGUUUUGAUUUCUUCUUUUGACAAUGGCUUAUAACUCAGAUGACACUUCCUCCCCUUAUAAGAAUAAGAUAGAGAGUGAGGAUGUAGGUUCAAAACCCAUUAGGUGCAUGUAUAACUUACCAUUAAAAAAAGUUACCAUUGACUUAUAAAAAAUAAAAAUAAAAAGUUAUUAUUGAAUGGAAGAGCAUGUAUACAUGUUGAAAAAAAAAAAAACCCUUAUGAUCUGCUGGUUUGAUGUAUGCAUAAGAUUUUGAUGAUUGAUGUUGAAUGAGGUUGGCUUUACAGUAAGAAAACAGCCAAGAAGCAAGGAAAGUCACAUGUCCUGAAAUUUCAAUUGUUAUUGGGCCUCUUUUGUGAAGUAUCAAUUUAAUUGAUAUUUGAUGUGGCUAUUAUGCCAGGUUUUGUUUGGACCAAAUGACAACUCCAACCCAUAAUAUACAAGGGGUGGAGGAUAAAGUUAGGGUACAAUUCCCUAUGGUUGGGUGGGUUGUGUUUAGCUACUGAAAAAAAGGGUAUUAUGUGGCAACUACAUGAGUUUAGAUGGGAUCUAUGUUGUUGCUUGAUAUACAAAAUAAUAAUGUUGAUAAGAACCAUGAUGAUGUAAAGUAGGAUGCUUCUUUUGAAGCUGUUACUUAAGUUUACUGUUCCUUAUAAGCUCUUGUUCCUGAUGUACUUGGAUUUCUAUUACAAAUGAGAUCUGUCUUCAGCAUGAGUUUGCUAUUCUCUAUAAGCUUGAAGACUUGUUAAGUGAGUUGUCUGGUAUUCACUGUUACAACCUUGAGUUCGUAUGGACCUUAGAUCAUGUGCACCAAAUUAGAGUCAGUGACUGCACUGCUAAAGGGGUAAAUUGAAGUGAUAAUGUAUCCAGAAAGAAACAUCUUAUAUGGGCCAUCCCCAUGAGCACAAGCUCAGUUGAUUUUGAUAUUGAGUUCAAUAUCAGAACCAGUAUUUGUUCCAACUUCUAACAAUUAUAACUACACUUGCUAUUUGUUUCCUGAUUUAAUCUGACAAAUAUUUGCUGCCUUUGGUAUGGUAUCUUCUGGUUGUCAUUUGUAGGCUUCACAGUUAGAAUAUGAUGGAUGGCUGCAUUCAGCUCAUGGAAUUAGUCCAAGUGUGUAUUUAUCGCAUGUCCAAAGCAGCUCAUCAUCAUUAUCUCUUCUUGAUUCAUGAUAAUUUGUCAUCUUCUUCAGUUGAAAACUAAUGCAUUUCAAAAUGUGCAUUUGGGAUAUUAAGGUAGUAGGUAAAUGCAUUAAAAGUGGAGAAAUAUUUUCAGAGGAAAGUUAGUUAACGACUCAUCACUUUGUUUCCUUCAAUUCGUAACUCUUCCAAUAUUCUGUGUGGAUUCCAGUGUGCUCUUCCCCGCUCCAAAACUUUCACUGUUUCACAUUGCACAUAGAUUCACGGCAAUAUCUUUGCUUCUCUGAUUUUUUUAUUUUAUUUUUUUAUAUUUAUCUUUUUGCUAUUGAGGAUGUCCAGAGCUCUUCACUCCAUAUUUUUUUGUUGUUGCUUGUUUGAUGAUUUGGUUGAAUGUGAAAGCCCCUUCAUCAUUUGCAGGAUGAGUUUUAAUGGGUCAUGUGGUCAAAAUCUCACUUGCUGCCUUAUUUCUUAUGGGAAAAGGAGGUAUCGAUUGAGUUAAAGCUUAUAAGUCAUUGACGCAGCUUGCGGUAUUGCCCUUGAAGUAACACAUCAUUGAUGUUUUGCAUGUGUUCCAUUCUUACAGUUGGAAAAGAACGGGCAUGUAUAGGCUAUAACUAACUUGUUUGCCUCUAUAGUUAAAUGAAUAGAAUGAGGAAGUGCACCAGGAACAGAUGAAUCAACCCUAGCCCCCACCCCACAGGAAAAAAAGAAAAGAAAAGGAAAAGCACCAGAACUUGCCGUGCUAUAUUCACAUCCUUCAGAGUAGGGACCUGAACAGAAGUCCCACAACAUCCUUGAGGGUAGGGACCUGAACAGAAGCCCCAUAACUUCCUUGAGAGUAGGGACCUGAACAGAAUCCCCACAACGUAGUUUCCUUCGAUUGAUGCAUACUGUCAAAUCAUUAUUGCUACUUAGGUAACAAAUAGUAUUUCUUAUCAGCUUGGCAGGUUAGUAUGCAUAAGUAUAUUUCUUACCAACUUGGCAACUUAGCAGGCUAGCAUGUAUAAGCUAAAAAGGACAUAAUAAGUAUAUUAAUACCUGUUUAGCUCCACACCAAUUUGGAGCCCCAAUCCCCUAUGUGGCAAUUUUAUAAAACUAUAUGUAUAUUAUUUAAUUAAGUCAUACGACUCAUUAAAAAAGUCAUGUCUAAAAAUGCACAUGGAUGGUCUUUUCAAUUGCCACAUAGUGAGUUGGAGAAAGAAUCGAAAGAUGACUCCAAAUUAGUUCAAAGCUAAACUUUUUCCUUAUUUAAAUGAUUUAAUGAGUUAUGUAAUUUAAUACAUGUUGAUGGUCUUAUAAAUUUUCAUGUAAUGAUGGGUUAAAGUAGGUUCCUCCCACCCAAUUCAUAGAAAAAUUGUCAUAGUUAAAAGAUUUGAUCAUCAAUAGGGAUCUUGUAGGGAUCUAGCAGGCUCUUAUUUCGCACUUGAAACCAAAUAAAGGAUGCCGUGCAAGCUAAUUGAGAAAUAGACUCAUCUUAGGUUUGCUUGAUUUUGUUGUGCCUUCUGGAAAUCAUCAUCACAUGCACAUGGCUCGAGACUAGUCUUAAAUUUUUUUUAAUAAAUAAAUAAAAUCAUUGUUGUGUUUGCUUGAUGUUACUGUAGUAGAUUCUUUGUAUGGGCAUUUGGGUGUUGAUAUA